GGAAUAUGUGGCACCCACUAUCCUCUCAGCAUCGCUUUCAUUGUAGUGAAUGAAUUUUGUGAGCGUUUCUCCUACUAUGGAAUGAAAGCUGUCCUAACUUUGUAUUUUCUCUACUUCCUGCAUUGGGAUGAAACAACUUCUACAUCUGUAUACCAUGCUUUCUCAAGUCUGUGUUACUUCACACCAGUCAUUGGUGCCUUCAUUGCUGACUCCUGGCUGGGAAAAUACAAAACAAUCAUUUAUCUCUCCAUUGUUUACGUUAUUGGGCAUGUGAUCAAAUCAGUGGGGGCAAUACCAAGUGUGGGAAACCAGAUUGCUCAUGUGGUUUUGUCAAUGACGGGCCUCUCUCUGAUUGCUCUUGGAACGGGAGGAAUCAAACCCUGUGUGGCAGCAUUCGGUGGAGACCAGUUUGAAGAAAAACAUGUCCAGGAAAGAAACAAGUUCUUCUCUGUUUUCUAUCUUGCCAUCAAUGCAGGAAGCUUGAUCUCCACUUUCAUUACUCCUGUGCUAAGAGGGGGUGUGCAAUGCUUUGGACGGGACUGCUACGCUCUGGCUUUCGGGGUUCCCGCUGCUUUAAUGAUCGUAGCUCUUGUUGUGUUUAUCACUGGAAACAAACUUUACAAAAAGACCCCACCGCAAGGAAAUAUCUUAUUGAAAGUUUGCAAGUGCAUUGUAAACCAGUUGAUCACUGAAGUAAAAAUGGUGACACGGGUCCUUUUCCUCUUUCUCCCAUUACCAAUGUUCUGGGCACUCUUUGAUCAACAGGGUUCCAGGUGGACUGUACAAGCAACUAAAAUGAAUGCUGACUUUGAAGGAUUUGUCCUUCAACCUGACCAAAUGCAGUUCUUAAAUCCUCUCUUGAUCCUUGUCUUCAUUCCUGUCUUUGAUUUUGGAUUAUAUCCCUUGGUAAACCUGUGCAGACUUAAUUUCACGCCCAUUAAAAAGAUGGCAACUGGCAUGAUCCUGGCCAGUCUGGCAUUUGCAGCUGCAGCUAUUGUGGAACUCAAGAUAGAGGAAAAUGCUAUGCCUAACCCAGUUCCCAAAGAAAGCUACAUUCAGGUCCUGAAUUUAGCAGACAGCGAUGUUGAACUGACCAUUGAGGGAUAUGACUUGUUCUGGCAGCCAAUUAAACCUUUUCAGGACCCUGCUGAAUACUCCAGAUUAAUUCUCAAUAGCAAUCAACAACUUCUUCAUUUUAAGAUACAGCACCAAGGAUUAUCCUCCACAUUUAAUCAUUCGAUCAAUGAAAAGUCAGUGAACAGCUUAAUUAUCUACAAGAGUGGAGGAAACCUAACAAUCAAUAUAAUUGAGGACAUGCAGAAAAAGCCAUCAGAAGGAAUGGCAGCGGUGAGGUUCAUUAAUACCUUGGAAUGGGAUGUUGGCAUCACGCUUGAUGAGGAGGAGUUCACCACUGUUAACAAAAGUUAUGGUGUUUCAGAUUAUAGGAUCCUGCCAAGGGGAAGGUACAACAAUGCAAAUUUCCAAAUGAGAGCAGAAAUAUCUGCCCUGAAGCUUGGCCUUCUAGAUUUUGGAGCUUCAUACACAGUUGUCCUAACACAAACUUCUACAGAGACACUCCAAGCAUGGAAGAUAGAAGAUAUUCCAGCUAACAAUGUCCAUAUUUCAUGGCAGAUUCCACAGUAUCUGUUAAUAUCAGCUGGGGAAGUGAUGUUCUCCAUUACAGGCCUUGCUUUUUCUUACUCCCAGGCUCCUGUUAGUAUGAAAUCUGUGCUGCAAGCUGGAUGGUUGUUAACUGUGGCCUUUGGAAAUAUUAUUGUGCUCAUUGUUGCCCAAUCUGCACCUCUGGUACAGUGGGCUGAAUUUAUCCUUUUUGCCAUGCUCCUUUUUAUCGUCUUUGUUAUUUUCUCCAUCAUGGGAUAUUUCUACAUUAGCACAGACCCAGAAGAACUUGCUGAUAAAGGGAAUGAACAUGAAACAUCAAGCAAUAAAAACAUGAUUGGCCUUGUUACCAGGAAAACAGAGCUAUAAAGGGGCUGCAAACACUGGAGUUAAGUCUGAGAGGCUUUUUAAAAAUAAGAUAGUGAUUUGACAGAUUUCUUUCUGAUGUUAUGAUCUCAUCGGAUAUAUUCAGAGGGAAUGAACAAACUAAAUUAUUGUUCCCCUGCAUGUCAGCUGAAUAAAUGUAUCCAAAUUCCUGGAAUGGUGCCUUCUUCAAAAGUAAUUAUAAAGUAGCUUUAGCUAUUCUGCCUCCAUCAGGCACUAGGAGUUUUAUAUGUAAAGCACAAUUAUGUCUGUCUGUCUGUCUGUCUGUCUGUCUGU